UCAUAUGUAAUCCCCUCUUGUCCCAGCACCGUGUUAAAUACUAGACUGAGCUUGCAGAGGGUAAAUCACCAAACUGUGUGGCUGUAUUAAAUCGACUUCUUAACAAUGUAAAUCCCCCACAGCUGCAGCUUCCUGUAGCAACUGUGAAGAUCCGUGUGCAGCAGAGAAAGCAGUACUCCUUGAAGUGUAUGGGGAUUUCAGUUCGUUGAGUGUCAGCUGCUGGGAAUCAACUGUCCAGUGAUUUGUGGUAUGCAGACUAAAUGUAAAGGCAGCUGUUUCAAAAAUUUAAUUUGCCACAUCAAGCUGUGAAGAAUGAACUGAGUGAGCUAUCUUAACAUCUACCUGUCAACAGUAUCAAGACAAGUAAAUUGCUUCUAUGUUGAAUCGUGCUUAAGAGAGAAACAUUCCUUUCUGCACCACUUUGAAAGAUGGCCCUUUGUCUGAAGCAAGUUUUCAAUAAAGACAGGACAUUUCGACCCCGGAAGAGGUUUGAGCCAGGAACCCAACGGUUUGAGUUGUAUAAGAAAGCUCAGGCCUCACUUAAGUCUGGUGUUGACCUCAAGACUGUAGUCCAGCUUCCUGCUGGGGAAAACCUCAAUGAUUGGAUUGCAGUGAACACUGUAGACUUCUUCAAUCGAAUCAACCUCAUCUAUGGUACCAUUUGUGAGUAUUGCACUGCAAGGAGCUGUCCUAUCAUGUCAGGAGGGCUGAAAUAUGAAUACAGAUGGCAAGAUGAACACAAGUAUAAGAGGCCUACCAAAGUGACUGCUCCACAGUAUAUGAAUUUGCUCAUGGACUGGAUUGAGACUCUGAUCAAUGAUGAGGAGAACUUCCCCACCAGAGUUGGUGUUCCCUUCCCUAAGAAUUUCAUGCAGCUUUGUAAGAAGAUUCUCACCAGGCUUUUCCGAGUCUUUGUUCAUGUUUACAUCCACCACUUUGAUCGGAUUACUACAAUGGGAGCUGAAGCCCACGUAAAUACGUGCUACAAACAUUUCUACUACUUUGUGACUGAGUUUGACCUGAUUGAUGAGCGGGAGCUGGAGCCUCUGAAAGUCAUGACAGAGAAAAUUUGCCAUUAAUUCCAGCUUGAGAGAGACCACGCAAUAACUCUCCCUGUGAAAUGUAACCCAGAAUUUGAGCCAUAUGUUAUCCAAGAUAAAGAAGAUUAUCAGAAAAUGGCCAUCUAUGAUCUGAAUCCCUGCAAAUCCUGAGCAAGCAAAAUCUUUUAAAGUCAUAAAUGAAGAAUCAGACCAAAAUCAAAAGUUUGUAAAUUUUCUCUCGGACACAGAGUGUCACUGAUAUAUUGUGUAUGCUGAUCAAAUGGCACUCACCUCAGGAUAAGUGCCAUUGGAAAUCCCACUUUGCAUUCUCCAAACUGAUUUAAUUCAGUCAUCUGACAGUAAUUCAGCAUUCCUUUGACAUUUACUGUUAGAUUGAUGAAAGGAGAUACAGUUGCUCUAAACUUGUCAUUAAACUGAGAUAUUUGGUUCAAGUAAAGCAAUUUGUUUAAUUAAGAAGACCUGUGACAAAUAUUUGGAAUCCAGAUGGGGACCAUAAUCUACUACCCAAAGACAGUGUGCCUCAAACAUUAGCAGUGGAUGUGUAUUCAUUGUAGCAUCUUCCAUUCCACCUAGCUGUUACACAGCCAGGAUAACUCAGCACCAGAUUCAGGCAAAAACUACAUCAAUAUCAAACCAAAAGUUGUCAGGCAUAUAUCAUGCCAAAAAGGACCAAAAGUUGGCAAUAUCAUUUGAAACAGAAUAGGCUAGAAAUUGUUGGGAAAAACCCACAAUUCCACACCAAUCUGCUAGAAAUGUUCUUCAAAAGUGCCACCAAGUUUGGGAUUCCGGCAAGACCAGAGAAGUCCUGGAUUUGCUGGUUGCUCUUACCCUGCAAUUGAUGGCUGUGGUCUGGCAUUGGCUUCCCUGUGGAGUCCAGCAGUAGAAUGUGAACCAACACUGACACUGGCAAAUUUGCUCAUUGAACCUGUACCAGGUCAAAUCCCGGCUCAGGAAUACCAUUUCAUUUUAAUAGAGGUAGACAAAUAUGAGGGAACUAUGUAAGAAUUAGGUAAUUUGUAUUUUUAAUCAAUUUAUUUACUUGAAUGUUUUGUUUAAAAUUGUUUCUUAGGUGUUUUAAAUGUGCUUAUGUUUUUAAUUGCUUUGAACAGUUUGAAGAAGCAUGCAUAGUCCUUGACAGGUUUGAUUAUUGCUAAACCAGGGAUGUGUGUUUUUUAAGUAUCUGGGUGGAUGGAGGUUGUUCUGAUCUGUCCUGUAACUGCAUUACAUUCUUCAGGGCCCUGCCACUUGACAGGACCUUAUAAUUGGACUGGCAUUUAUUACUGAUUUGCAUCAUGAGAUCUACAAAAGAUAUGACAUAGAUCAAUGCCAAAUGCAGGUACUUUGCCACUUGAUGUAUGUUCUAGUCCAAUAUCAGUUUCCAUGUAUACGAUCCAUAACAUCCAGAUCUGCCUCACCACUACCUCCUUGACUCAUCCACUGUACUUAAAUACUGAAACAGGUUGUUUGACAGCCAGUUACCGAGGAGCAGGAAUUUGUCCAAUUAAAUAUUGGAAAGGCUGUAGCCACUAUAUUCUGUAUGUGCCAUAAAAUCUGUUUCCUAGCAAUUAUCUGAGACAAAACCCCAGACAGUUUGCAACCCUGAUGUCAUAUUUGAUGGCGAGAUGAACUUUAGAUAACUUAUUUGCAUUAAAAGUAUAAUCACCUCUUUCUAUCUUUGUAAAGAUGCCCAGUUUGCCCAACUCCAUUGAGGUUUUGAGCCACAUAUUUGUUAACUCUAGACCUUUCCAAAUUUCCAAGAUGGAUUGCCUCAUUUCACACUCUAUAAAUUUUAGGUUGCACAAACCUUGGCUGACUGUGUUGUAACUCACACCAGUCCAGUUCUUUCAUCAUUAUGCGUGGCUAUGCAAUGGUUAUGCAAUGCCUUAGAUUUAAAAUUUGUAUCCUUGUUUUCAAAUCGCUCCUAGGUCAUUUCAUCUGGAUUAGACCCAUAUUAGCCACCACUGGACGACCAAGUUUCAGAUCUGGACACCCUAAGCAUUAUACCACUAAGGUAUAUCGAGAGAGAUCAACCUCAGCCUUAACAGACAGGUACCUAUCUACCCCAGUGUUAGACUUCCAGUGAUCACAUAUAACAUGAGGGCGCUAAAAGAUCAGUGAUUGAAUCAAUUUCUAUCUCCGUUUAAUAUGAUGAUUCAAAAAAUCUUGAAUUUGUUUAGAAUAUAAAUUAAUCCUGCUAAUCUCUCAAGCAAUGAUCAGGCUAAUGUAAUAUUGGUAUUGGUUUAUUAUUGUCACUUGUACCGAGGUACAGUGAAAAACUUGCCUUGCAUACUGAUUGUACAGGUCAAUUCAUUACACAGUAAUAACAUCACUAAUGGCAUGCAGGCUGUUCUAUAACCCUUUUUUUAAAAAAAGAACUGGCACAAAGGAAAGGGAUGACAGAGGGGCUUUGUAGUGUUCAAUCAAAGAGAAAAAAAAACACUCAUCUCUGAUACAUUAUGAACAGACAGUGUGAUGUAUGCGAAUGUAAUAAGAAUGGACAGAAGUGAAUUGUUUGCCUUUAUCCAGCAUGUACUGUUCUUUUACAGGAUUUAAGAUUGAACUAAUUUUGAUGACAACUGAGAUGUGAACCAGAUUUUGUCUUUUCUAAAUCUAGCAUUCACUCAGUACAAAACUUAAAAAAAACUAUAUAAUCUUUUAGUUAUCAAUGUCUGAAUUGGAUGGAAUUGUGUUUUUAAAAAAACGUUAAUCUUUGUUUAAUUUAACUACAGGACCUUGUAGAAGGUGGAACAGUUGUGUCAGGAAUAUAGUUGUCAGCCAACACAACCUAUCAUUUUAAAGUGCUAUACAGUGUUGUCUUGGAAUAUUUUACAAGGGCAAAAUGAAACAGUUUGAGAAUUUCAGACCUGUUAGAAUGUCAUUUAAUCAAAAUGUUAAAACAAUUGGAAUUUUGUUCAAUGCAGUAUACAGAAUGGAUGAGCAAUUGUUUAUAACCAAGCUUGUGCACAAAGUAUAAUGCACAUUUUUAUUGAAAAAGAGCACCACACAAUCAGAAUAGUAUAUAUAUGAUUUUUAAUAACUCUAUUGAUUUAAUCCAAAUGGGGGGGAAAUCAAUAUGGGUUUUUAUACAUAUGCAAGUUCCAACUUGCUUGAUUUUCUAAUAAGUGCACCAUCAACUGAUCCAGAUCAUUGAGGAAGUUACAGGAAAAUCUCCCUGAAUCUUCUCUAAGUCAAAUGUCAAGGGCAUUUUUAAAUUUAAGUGUAAAGAUGCAUUGUUCUGACUCAAAAUUGUUUCAACAUGGUAUUUAUUCCAUUUCAUUUCAAUGAAUACAUCAUCAGAUGAAAAAUGAAGUGAGACUUUGCUAGUUCUCUUUGCCUUGUGGCAGAAUAUUGUUUCCUCUGCUGUCUGAUAGUAUCAUACACAGAAAUGGUAAUUGUCCACUUUUGCAGAGUUAAUCCUUACUCAUGUUGGUUAAAGGAUUAUUAUUAUUGGCCAAGACAAUGGGAGAGCCCAAUUUGUUCAUAUGAACAAUGAGACAGAGCCUUUUUUUCAGUUUCUCUUUCGUAGAGAAGCAUUCCCUCAAUGCAGCACUGAAAUGUCAGCCUAAUCUAGCUCAAUUACUUAAUUAUGGUUUGAAUCCAAAGAGAACAGUCUGUGCAUGCAUAUACUAAGGCCUAGAGAACAUUCAGACAUGGGCUACUUGGUGGCCAGGAGCAUGUGAGUCAUUCAUCAAUCAUCUCCAAUUAGACAGAGACUAAUUAUCUACCCAUGAUAUCCAAUGGCAUGGUCAUCACUACUCCCACUAUCAAUGUCCUGGUGAGAAGGGUGCGCAGGGUUGGAUUACAAUUUACCAGAGACUUUACCUGCCACAAGAGGAGGUUAGAGGCUGGGUAUUCUGUGAUAACUGACUCAUCUUCUGACAUCCCAAAGCCUUUCCACCAUUUCCUAGGCACUUGAGGAGUGUGAUGGAAUACUCUCCACUUGCUUGGAUGAGUGCAACUCUAACACCACUCAAGGAAUUUAAGAUUGACACCAUCCAGGGGAAAGCAUACAGUUUGAUUGGCCCCAUCUAGCACCCUAAACAUUAAUUCCCCCUGCUGCUGUCACCUCAUGGCUUCAGCAUGUGUCAUCUACAAAAUACAGUGUAGUAACUUGCCUCAGCUUCUCCUACAACAUAUAAUGUCUACCACCAAGAAGGACAAUGGCAGCAGGUACAUUGGAACACAUCUACCUGUAGCUUCUUUUCCAAGUAAUACACCUGAAUUGAACAUACGUUCUUGCUGGGUCUACAUCCUGGAAUUCCCUACUUAACAACAUUGUGGAAGUACCUUCACAUGCCACCUGACCACCAUUGUCAAGAUUAGAUUAUAGGUAGCAUGUGUACAGCAAUAGAAUCCCUAUAGAUUACCUCUUGGAAACAGUUUGUUGGGGAUUCCAUAUAAUGCUUGCUUUUAUUUUAAAAGGUAACUGACUAGAAUCCUUAUCAUCAUGCCCCAGUAAAUACAAUGAGACACUAUGGUUGGAUGCACAUGCUGUUGAAGUGCCAGUUGCUCAGUUAGUUUAUGAAAUGUAACCAGAUUAAUUGUUCACAGCUUGAGAAAAUUAUGAGCUGUACAUCACUUUCCAUCCUCUCUAUAUAUAUUGAGCCUGAAGAAGAGUCUGAUUCAUGAUAAUAGUACCAUUAUUCAAUUCAUGUCUUAUCUGAUGACUGAGCCACGUUGAGUAAGAAAACUUUAGUCAUACUAUAAAGAAAAAUACUUUACCUUGCAACUUUGUGUAGCCAUUAAAAAACAUAUCAUUUUCACAUCUUAGAAAUUUAUAUGCAUAAAGUAAUCAUUUCUAACUUCUCAACUUUUAAUAUUUGGUUAAUUUAAUGUGUUACUCUAAGUCAGUUGUUGCUUUUACAUACUAUUACUAUGAUAAACCAUGUAUCAUUCAUGUAUCAUUCACUAUUGAAGUAUUUUAGUACCUCUCACUUCCAACAUUCUAUAUUCCUUGAUGGAUGACAGGAGUCUUUGAUAACACACUUAUGUGCAAGCCAUGGCAUUGAAUAUCAGCAAGUUAUUCAACAACUGCUGAUCUGCUUGCACAAUAAGGCACCCGUCAGAAAUCAACACAAAUUUCCAUAUCAAACUGGGAACUUUCCAGGUGGGAAUAAUUCAAGGAUCCACUAGAUGAAUUUGCUGAGCCAUUUAUCUCAAUAUUAAAUUACCAAUUGAAGUCAAGUCAGAUGGGUCCUUUGAAUUAACUGCAAGAUUAUUACUUUGAACUAAAGGAUUGAUACAUCCCAUUGUUAAAUCUUGUAUAGUGGAGACGUGUGAAGUGUUCAAAUCUUUGUAAAACUCCAGUAGACUCCUGUACUAUGUGAAGUCUUGGCUGUUUGACUUGACUGCACAGAAUCUGUAGAGAACUUUCUGUUCAUCAAAAAGUUGCAUGAGAGAACUAUCUAUAAUAUUGGUUUUAUAUUUGUGGAGCUGAAAUUGGGAAAGUUGACACAGUCAUAAACAUCUCUUGAAUGUCAAUGACCAUGAGAGAUUGAGAGUUACUCUUCUACGAGACCUUGUGCUGGAGUGAAAGUGGAUGGAAUUUGUGAUAAACAAUUGCAAGUAACUGAAAUGCACAGAACACAAAUUAAGUAAGUCACCCAUGUCAAGAGCAUUGAAGACAGUUACAUUAUUUCUGUUAAAUUUACUAUUAACUUUUUCUGCUUUUGAUCUUUCUUAUACUAUUUGCUUGGAA